GCCAUGGCUUCAUCUCGCCAAGUGGCCGGAGAUGGCGUCGGCUCACAAGGCGCAAGAGAAACAGAGAAUGGCGCCCCUCGAUACGCCAUACCGCGACGAGACCUCACAGCCGUUGAGAUCCCGGCGGUAGUUGAAAACAUCGACCGAGCUGUCAGGGCAUUUGGGAGAGUGCCUUCACUUAGACAUGUUCUAGAUCCUCUGAGAAACUCAGUACCGCUGUAUAUAAAUCCAGAGGAGCCCUUUUGCCCGCCAAUCAUGUCACAUAAUGCCAGGUCUCACAACGUCGUUCUCAAAGUCACGGUCCCCAAACGCACUGGAAGGAAGCGCAAGCGCGGAACAAAUGAGCCCUGGCAAGGAGACGUGGACUUCCAAGGCAUCGACCCAUCGGCCCCAGCAUCAGAAAAUGUUCGUUCCAUAGGGCGUCAUGAUGAUCCAAGACUUCUAAGGCGCAAACUAGAGGACAAUGUCGGCAAAUAUCACGUCGAGGCUGCGGGCUUGAUCAAGCACACGCAUCGCUUCAGGGGUUUGGCUGACUUUUACUGGGACAUGGACAAAUCAUCAUUUGCACAGAGAUUUGUCGACCAAGUCCUGCCCGGAGAUGUUGAGAAGAUUAAAGACUUCAAAUUCACACCUGGCAUCGACCAAGGCUCGAAUGUGGACAUUAUUCCACCACCCAUCUUUACCCACAUGAGUUUGCCAUUCAACUAUUUUUACUCACAAAAUCCCUAUGUUCGCUUGACAGAGGAUGGCGGUACCGUUAACACAACGGCGGUCAAACAAGUUGGUCAUUUUAUCGGAACAGAAGAUGCUGCUCCUGCCGGCCCUCAAAUUCCUCCAGACAUGACAGAUCCGCGCAUGGUGGAAGUUAUUGCCCAGCUUGAAGAGGCAUUUGCAUAUCGCCCCGUAUGGACUCGACGAUCUCUUUUGAAUCAUCUUGCUGGCAAGCUCCGAAACUGGAACGAGCUUAAAAAGUAUCUGAAUUACGCGGCUUACCAGUUCAAGGGUGGGCCAUGGAGAGAUGGAGUUGUUCCCUAUGGAAUCGACCCCAGAACUGAUCCCAAAUAUCGCAUUUAUCAAACCCUCAUGUUCAAGCUUCCCAAGCAGAAGCGUGCUCGCAAAGACCAGACCUGGCAGUCGCUUCGCAGAGCCCAGAUGGGCCGAACAAAGGAGUUUGUAGAAGAGUUAUCGGCCAGCCACACGUUUGACGGAGAAACAUAUCACACCGAUGGCAAGGUGUGGCAGGUGUGCGAUAUCACGGAUCCCUUGCUCCGCGAGCUUUUGGAUAACGCAGAAGUGCGUCCUACGUGGGAUGUCAGCAGCGGGUGGUAUCACGGCGGCUUGUGGGCAAAAGUCAAGGCCAUCAUGAAGACGAAACUAGUGGCGAUCCAGUUUGGCCGACAACUCACCAAAGAGGACUUUGCACCAACGCUGCAGUGUGGAGAUCAGACUCCUGUGCGAACUACGUCGGCGACCUUCCACCUUCCGUUGCCCAAUUUACAUCUUACAAACGAAGAGCUCACGCAGCUUCGAGGUCGAGAACCUUCGAAGAAGAAGAGUCAGGUCUAUAACGUUAGGGUUCGUCCUCGUACCAGAAGGCCAGAUGCCGAUACCGAGGAGCAGUCGGUUGUUACCUCUCACGAUGCCAAUGCAGACGCAGACAUAAACGCAGAGGCAGAAGCUGCUAGUAUCCUUGGCAGAAUGGAUUCCCAUAGCGAGGGUUCUGAGGCUGGUAGUGAUGCUGAUGAUGACGAUGAUGACGAGAACGAGAACGGCUCAGAAGAAGAAGAUGGGAUGGAUCGCACUGCCUUUGAAAGGGAUGAAGAUGAUGAAGAUGGUUUCGGUGAGCUGGAAGACGAGGAAACAGCCCUGCCAUCCCAAGUCACUAACAAUAUGAAUUCGGACAUUGAUCCUUUCCCCGACAGCGAAUUCUUCUGCGGCCAUUGCCAUAAGUCAUUCGACGCAUGGGAAGAUCUGUUGAGGCACAAAGGACAGCAACGAAAUGACGACAAGGAGGAUCAUAUCCACUGCAAGAUUUGUGGGCGUGAUUACAAGACACUGGCUGGAGAAAUGCUACACAUGCAAGCGGAACAUCCUCUUGAGCAAAAUCUCGACUGUCCCGGUUGCGGCCGUGGCCCAUUUAAGCGUCUGAGUAAUUUGAUUCACCACAUCGAACGCGGCUUUUGUCCCCGCCUCGACACCACCACUCUUGAUCAACUCCGAGAGGAGAAACUCGAGUUCCCCAGACGCUUGGAGCAAUUGACCCAAGAGAAAGUCAAGGGAAACUACAUGAACUAUAUGCCAUCGGCUGCCGCAAACAGCACAGUCUCGGCAUGGUACGUUGACAAGGAGCCAGAAGCUUUCGAGAUGGUCGAAGAAGACUUCCCAGCUCUAGCAACUGCAAAGGAUACUCGCAUUGAACCCACGAAAGCGGAUACAUCCAACAAAUUGGAUCUUUGCAGCGGUGAGAUUAACGAUAAAAAAGGCAAACAGCCAUUUUCGUUUGACCUUCCUCUUCGGCCGGCCCAAAAUCAGCAAACCCCGACUCAAGUGUCUACUCUACCAGCUUUCAAGUCUGGCAUAACCACUGUCGUCGCAGGUAUGGAUCCUGAUGAUCCUUAUAACCCAUCUUUCAAUGCGGCUAGCUGCUAUUGCUCCAUUACAGAGAGAUUCAAUUGCCCAAAGCGACUUUGCGGCAAAACAUUCAAGAAGGCAGGUGGUCUUAUUGCCCACCUCAAAUCACCCGUGCAUGGAAAUAGGAAGUAUAGAUGCCCAAGCUGCCUCAAGAUUUUCAAGACCUUGACAGGCAUUACUUCGCACGCUGAGGCCAAGAGCUCCAAGUGUCAGAUUCAGGAUACCGCACAAUAUGAGAUGUUUAUGGACCAAUUGACGGCGGGGAUGGUCGACAUCGAGAGAACUCGGUUUCAGGGGGGCAGCAUCAUCUACAAGACUUCCGAGCAGAUGAAGCAGAAGCUCCGUGGUAAACCCAUCGAGGAAAAGGAUAAGUACCCAACGGAUACUAAAGAUGGAAGAGAUUCCUACUGGUAG